AUGCUCUUCUUGAAAAGUGGGACCUCGUUGCUGAUAGUUGGCAUCCACCCUCCUGAAGCCAAGAAAGAAAGAGAAGUCGCCAAGGGCCAGUUCUCACUUGCCGAAGUUGGGACCGAGGAAUUCCUCCAGAAACUGACUUCCCAGAUCACAGAAAUGGUAUCUGCAAAGAUCAGCCAAGCCACGCUUCGGGUCCCUGGAGCAGACAGUGAUGAUGAAUCCAAAACCCCGUCUGCUUCUCCGCGCCAUGGCAGGUCCCGGCCUUCAUCAACCGCUCAGGAAUCUUCCUCGGAAUCUGAUGAAGGCGAUGCAAGAGGAGAGAUUUUCGACAUCUACAUGGUCACCGCUGACUAUAGCCCUAUGGGUGCGGACUGCGAAACUAUCGCACUGAAGGAAGGGCAGUACGUAGAAGUCCUGGAUUCUGCGCAUCCUCUGAGGUGGCUGGUUAGGACCAAACCCACCAAGUCUAACCCCUCCAGGCAAGGCUGGGUUUCUCCAGCUUACUUGGACAAGAAAUUAAAGCUGUCAACUGAAUGGGGUGUGCCAGACGUUCCAGAGUUCCCCGGGGAAUCCGUUUCAGACGAUGACUACAAAAAGAAAUUGAGCCUCAUAAUUCAGGAUAUGCUGAACACAGAAGAGGACUUUGUGAGGGAUUUGCAGUUCCUGCAGACCCAUCAUAUCCAGUACACCGAGACCUGCCCCAACAUCCCAGCUGCUGUUUCUAAACAGAAGCUCGUCAUCUUCAGGAAUGUUACCGAGAUUAUUCACUUCCAUUCCAACACCUUCUUCCCAGAGCUUCAAAAAUGUGACACCGACGAUGACGUGGCGAUGUGUUUUAUUAAGAACGAGGGGGACUUUGACAACUACAUUCAGUAUCUGGUGGGUCGGAUACAGGCCGAGUCUGUUGUUGUCAGCAAAACUGUUCAGGAGUUCUAUAAGCGAUAUGCAGAAGAAAUGAUGUCUAUCGAAGACCCUUCUCAGCCACCGGUCCUUCCGCUGCAGCACUAUCUAGAGAGACCAAUAAACAGGAUCCAGAGGUACCAAAUUAUAAUCAAGGAAUUAAUCCGAAACAAAGCAAGGGGCAAUCAAAACUGCGCAUUGCUGGAGCAGGCUUACGCUAUCGUAUCUGCGCUCUCACAGCGAGCAGAAAACAAUCUUCACGUGUCACUCAUUGAGAACUAUCCAGGAACCCUAGAAAUUCUCGGAGAGCCCAUCCGACAGGGCCAGUUCAUUGUAUGGGAGGGGGCCCCUGGAUCCAGAAUGGCUUGGAAGGGUCAUAAGCGUCACAUCUUCCUCUUCAAGAAUUACCUCAUCGUCUGCAAGCCCAAACGAGACACCAAGACAGACACUUACAACUACAGCUUCAAGAACAUGAUGAAGCUCUCAAACAUCGAUGUAAACGAUCUGGUAGAGGGGGAUGACCGGGCAUUUGAGAUUUGGCACGAGCGAGAAGACUCGGUCCGCAAAUAUGUCUUUCAAGCCCGGACUGUCAUUAUCAAGAACUCUUGGGUGAAGGAAAUCUGUGGCAUCCAGCACCGCAUCAGUCUGCCAGUGUGGGAUCCACCAGAGUUUGAGGAGGAACUGGCUGACUGUACGGCUGAGCUUGGUGAAACAGUCAAAUUAGCUUGCCGUGUCACAGGAACGCCCAAGCCGGGUAUCUCCUGGUAUAAAGAUGGUAAGGCAGUGGAGGUGGAUCCCCAUCACAUUAUCAUCCAAGAUCCUGAUGGCUCCUGCACUUUGAUCCUUGACAACUUGACGGGUGUCGACUCAGGACAAUACAUGUGCUAUGCUGCUAGCCCUGCCGGAAAUGCCAGCACACUAGGAAAGAUAUUGGUUCAAGUUCCUCCUCGGUUUGUGAACAAGGUGAAACAUGCAUAUUAUGCUGACGGGGAAGAUACGCAGUUCACAUGCACGAUUGAAGGAGCACCUUUUCCACAGAUCAGAUGGUAUAAAGAUGGAAAUCUGUUGACUGACCCAAAUAAGCACCAGUGUUUCAGUGAGCAACGGAGCGGCGUGAUUGUGCUUGUGAUUAAAAAUGCCUGUAAGGACGACGUGGGAGUCUAUGAGUGUGAGCUGGUGAACAGGCUAGGAACAGCCAGGAGCGGGGCGCAGCUUUACCACCAGAGUGCAGCUGCAUUGGCUCAAGAGAGGAGAAGCGAUCAAGCCAUUACAGUGGAAGUCACUGAACAAGAGACUAAAGUUCCCAAGAAAACCAUCAUCAUAGAGGAAACGAUAACAACGGUGGUGAAGACUCCGCGAGUAAAGCGAAGGAUAUCUCCGGCCCGCCCACCUUCGAGCCAUUCUCCUUCACGCUCCUCCAGAUCAGAGUUUUCGACACCCGAGCCAGUUUAUAUGACCAAGUUUCGGCAGCCUCUUCACCGACAUGACUUUGAAGCCAUGCAAAAGGCAUCGAUCCCCACACUGUUUGUGACAGAGGCAGAAGGAGCGUCAGUCAGAGGCGGCGUCAGCGUGGAAACCAUCGUGGAGGAGCAGACCCCCAAAUGGGUUGAAGUGGAGGAGAUUAUUGAAUUUAAUGUGAAGAAGUCAGCCCAGACGUCGAGGAAAAGAGGAGCAUCUCCCGUGAGAGCGGAAAAAGAUGAAUCGAGUUUCAUUUGGUCAGGCUCGAGACCCAGGCGUUCCCCUGAAGAUGACCCAAACACAAAUAACUCCAAUAAUAAAUUAGUGGAAGAAGGCAAACCUUCUCUAGCCCCUGAUGUUGAAAUAUCUGGAGCUGAAGACAAGGGAAUAUCAACCAGUGAUGAAAACAUAAGUUCAUAUUAUAGGUCGGAACAAGAACGAACGAGCUGCCCGCAUGAACCAGUCGGUAUGACCGAUUCACCGGCUGCUUCCCCCGUGGUCAGCUUUGUCGACGAACUAGCUGAGACAACUGAACCAGGAGAGGAUCCACAUGGAGAUAUUGAGUUUCACGACACUGCUUCUGAUUUUGAAACAACAUGGGCAGCCGAAGAGGGACCAUUAAGUCCCAUGCAAGACAAAGACCUUCCAGAAGCGGAAAACAUCAUAAUCGAAGAGCCCGAAGGGGUAGUGUCCGUUGACCUUAGCAACCGAGAUCUCAAAAUCCUUACCCGAAAUGGGAAAGCAUUGACUUUGGAGGACCUUGAAGAUUACGUCCCGGAAGAAGGGGAAACCUACCGAUGUGGGAAUCCUAACUACGAAGACAAACCUUGUGAGAUAGCUGUGCUCCAAACCGAAAUCAACAAACCCACCGUCGGGAAGCCUGUCUUGCUCAAUGUGGGGAGGCCGGUGGUUCCUAAGACAAAGCAAACCUUCUUUAGCAAGUUCGAAGGGCAUCAUCCAAGCGGCGUCUUCAUGUCUGCGUCCAUGCAGUCCAGUGGCCCAUCCAACAUUUCUUUCCACGUCAGCGAGACCCACACUGGAGCAGUGACGACACCUACGCCACGUACAACAGCUGCCGGGACUUCAGCCGAACCCCCAUUCAAAAUGGCGCCAUCUUUCUGUACCAAAGUCCAGUUGUCUGCAGAUAAUGGGCAAUCUAGCUUCAAAACGGAAGUUUCAACAAGAACCCUCAGCUACGGCAGCGUUGGAGAACCGGUCACACUCUGUAUCAAGAAGGAAGACCCCUCCCAAACUGAACGGCAGGAAACUGCUGGUAAGAUUCCGGGCAAAACUGAAAAAGUCCCUAGUCCCAGCAUCGUUCAGGCAGAUGUCGCUGCCCAGGAGGAGGGUAUCCAAGAGCACGUGACCAGAACACUCCAAAUCGUGGAGGGAGCCGAUGUCAUCUGGGAUGCACAGAAGGAAGCUUACACGGAGACCGGGGAGCGGGUGUCUGUCUGCGCAGCAGAGACGAGUGCAGCCACCCCGCCGUACAUGCAGGUGACGAUUGAAGAUGUUCUGGUUCGAUGCGGAGAGAUGGCGAAAUUUGAUGCCAUUAUUGAAGGAAAUCCCCAGCCAACUGUUGCCUGGUUCAAGGGUAUUUCGUUAUUGACAGACAGCGAAAGAAUCCGCCUGUUCAGCGAAGGCACAAGAUACUCUUUGAUUCUGUACAAGGCCAGAUCUGAAGAUGGCGACGUCUACACUUGCAUGGCCACAAAUGCAGCAGGGGAGGUGUUGUGCAAAGCAGAACUGGUGGUGCAAGAAGACAAGAAAAGCCAAGAGGCCAAGAAACAGAGCACAAGAAGAAAGCUCCAUUCUUUCUACGAGGUCAAGCAAGAAAUAGCCAGGGGCUCCUUUGGCUUGCUCAAGAGGGUGGUCCAUAAAGGCGACCGAACGCUCUGUGCGGCCAAAUUCCUGCCACUGCGCAGCAAGACAAGGGAUCAGGCCUAUCGAGAGAGGGAUGUUCUAGCCACGCUUUCCCACGACCGGGUCACUCGGCUGCUGGAUGAGUUUGAGACGCGAAAAACGUUGAUCCUGAUUUUGGAGCUAUGCUCCAAUGAAGAGCUGUUGGACAGGUUGUUCAGGAAGAACGUGGUAACGGAAGUGGAGGUUAAGCUAUAUAUUAAACAACUUUUAGAAGGGAUUGCAUAUCUUCAUGAGAACGGAAUACUUCACUUGGACAUUAAGCCCUCAAACAUCUUGAUGGUCUAUGACGACAGAGAUGACAUAAAGAUCUGUGAUUUUGGGUUUGCUCAGAAGAUAAAUCUGGCGGAACCCCAGUACAGUAAAUAUGGGUCUCCGGAGUUUGUCGCCCCAGAAAUUCUUUCUGAGUCACCGGUGUCAAUGGCAUCUGAUAUUUGGCCUGUUGGAGUUAUUAGCUAUUUAAGCUUGACAUGCAAAUCUCCGUUUGCUGGAGAAAAUGACCGAUCAACCCUACAAAAUAUUCAGAACGGGACAAUCUCGUGGGACAUUCCUGAUUUUGUUUGUUUGAGCGAAGAGGGAAAGGAUUUCAUCAGAAAGAUGCUGCAGCAGUCUGCGGAGUGUCGAAGCAACCAGCUUGAUAAAGCCAGUUCUGACGAACUUAGCUUUUGCAACCCCUUUUAUUCCGUUAACAAUCACCCCUCCCAGUCUCCCAAGAAAUGCGAGAAAGAGUUCGCUUUGAGCCAGAGCUCAGAGGAAAGGAAGGAAAGAGCCUCCUUGACGGAGGCUUCCGGAACUGUAAAGAAAAAGACCGGGUUCCCAUCAUUCACGCUUCCAAGCCUUAAGACCAAGGAUAAAGCACCUUCUUUUGUCGAGGAGCUCACGGACCAGACGAUCGCCCCAGGACAGUCUGUGACACUAUCCUGCCGGACAUCCGCACAUACGUCUCCUCAUAUUGAAUGGUUCAAAGAUGGGGCUGCCAUUCGCAGCACGGACAGGAUCCUGAUCUCAUCCACACUCAAACACUACCAGCUUUUAACUAUAUUAGCAGCUACAAAGGAUGAUUUUGGGACGUACACCUGUGUGGCCACCAACUCCCAGGGCACAGUCUCCACCUCCUGUGUUAUAAGGAAAGCAGAGGCCCCGUCCAACCCUCCAUCUCCUGAUAUCGUGGAGGUCCUUGAGGAUGGAGUGCAGCUGGCUUGGAAACCGGUGGAACUCAACACCCCUGUGACUUACACAGUACUGUGCAGGAAAGAAGACGGAGAGUGGAAGACCCUGGCCAGUGACAUCCUCAACUGCUGCUACACAGCUAGGAAUCUCCCUUGGGGCCUGGUCUUCUCCUUCCGGAUCGCCUGUGUCAGUAAAGCCGGUGUGGGCCCUUACAGCAACCCGUCUGCCAAAGUGAGGAUCGGUGAAAAGGACCAAACAGCGUUCCAGGCUCCUGAUGCAGACGACCGCAAAAUGACGGCUCCGGCUCAGCCUACCCACCAAACGUAUGCCUUCCAGACAGAGAUCAAAAGGGGACGCUUCAGCAUCAUCAAACAAUGCCGAGAGAAACUCAGCGGGAAUGCCCUGGCUGCCAAGAUCAUCCCUUACCAAGCAGAAGACAAGGAACUUGUGCUCCAAGAGUAUCAGGUCCUGCGGAAGCUUCACCACAUCAACAUCGGGCAGCUGCAGGGCGCGUACGUCAGCCCACGCCACCUGGUCCUGAUCCAGGAGCUCUGCGUCGGGCCAGAGCUGCUUCACGCCCUGGCGGGAAGGUCCUCCUACUCAGAGGUGGAAGUCAGAGACUACCUGUGGCAGAUCCUCACUGCUGUUGAGUUCCUCCACUCUCAGAAUAUCCUGCACUUGGAUCUGAGGUCCGAAAAUAUGAUUAUUACUGAACCAAACCUGCUGAAACUCCUGGACUUUGGCAAUGCACAGUUCUACGAUCCAGACAGAGUGAUUACCCUGGAGGGGUGCACAGACUAUGUGGAAACGAUGGCUUCAGAACUUCUAUCAGAUAAAGGAGCUGUCCCACAGAGUGACAUCUGGGCUGUUGGAGUGACGGCUUUCAUCAUGUUGAGUGCUGAGUAUCCCAUCGGUCCUGAGGCAGCCUGCGACUUUGGGAGACUCGUCAAGCGAGAGAAGAUCAAGCUGAACAAAUGUUAUGCAGGCCUCUCCGGAGGAGCUGUCUCUUUCCUCCAAAGUACACUUUCCUCUAAUCCAUGGAGGCGACCUACCGCGUCUGAAUGCCUCCAGUCCCCCUGGCUGCAGGAGACCGGCUUGGACGAGAGGCAGCAAGCGACGGUGACUUUCUCCACCACCAAGCUGAGGAAUUUCGUCGCAGAGCGGGAAAGGAAAAGAGUCUUGCUGUGUUCCAAGUACGGCUUGAUGACUGUGUAGCGAAACAAUUCCAGACACGGCCACUGUGUGGUUGUCUUCUAUGCCUGCAUCCCAAGAACAUCUACGCAGGAUGCUGGCUACGUAGAUUAUUGCAGUGUUUGACUUCCAAAACUGGAAAGGAGUGGGUGCCGUCUUCAGACUGAACAUCACAAACAAAACACGCGCAUGAAGCCUCUUUAUACUGGAUUGGACCAUCGGUCUGUCGGAGUCGGUGUUGUCAGCUCUGACUGGAAGCUGCUGUCCAAAGUCUAAGCCAGAAGUCUUUCCCAGACCCCUUUAACUGGAGAUUCACCCAGGAAUUGAUCCUGGGACCUUCUGCACGCCAGGCAGAUGUUCUACUGUUGAGCCACACCCGCUGUGGUUCAUUUGCAUAAUUUUGGCAUAUGCCAGAUAGCAUAACCCUUUGCGUAUUGUCAUGAAUGGAGUGGACACCCAAUCAUGCUAUAAAUCAGUGGUGGCGAACCUUUGGCCCUCCAGAUGUCAUGGACUACGAUUCCCAUCAGCCCCUGCCAAUUGGCCAUGAUGGCAGGGGCUGAUGGGAACUGUAGACCAUUACAUCUGGAGGGCCAAAGGUUCGCCACCACGGUGCUAUAUGAAUACUUCUUUUUAUUCGCUAAGGCUGAAUAGCCUUCAAAAACCUUCUCAGCUAAGACAAACUACGUUCAUGCUGCUCUAAGAAAACGGAAGAGCAUCGUACAAAACCAGAUAACAGACAAGUCAGUUACAUAUUAUUGGGCUUAGCUCUAAAUUUGCCAGUUCCGAGUUGAAGCAUUUGUAGAGAUUUGGGCAAGGAACUUGGGAGGCUAAGGUUUGUGGAGGGGAAAGACCUCAGCAGGAUAUGAUGCUAUAGAGUCUGCUUCCGACCCCACCCCAAAGUAUCCAUUUUCUCCAUGUCGACUGAACGGUGCUGGCCAGAGAUGGGUUGCAAUUCCAGGUCUGCUUGAAGGCAAGCAACAUGAUUUGGAUCAUGCCAGACCAUGAAAUGUAACAUGUUAGUGGACAUGUCAUGGACAUGUCAUUCCCAGAGUGCUUUCUAGCAAUGGUGAAGCAAAAGAUAUGAGGUGCUCAGAUCCAUUGGGGAGAAGGGUGUAGUAUAAAGGAAGUAAAUAUAUAACUAUACAUUAGUAGAUUUCAGUAAAAUGUAACUGGUCUGCCUUCUAGUCUUCCCGUUUUGCUGUGGAAGCCAACCCAGUUUCCUCCUCCUCCCCCCCGUUGGAAUGGCCAAAGUUGCAAAAUGCAUUCAAACUUUGCACUUUUCAACUGGUGGGUUUGACAAUCAUUAAAUCAUUACAUCUGUAUUUCUCCUCAGAGAGGCCAUGAACUCUCAGUCAACGAUUACUGGAACGGUAGUUUUACGACUGUGUUGAGUUUCUCAAGGUCUACCGAGGAGAACAGCCGCAGACAGUCAGGUUGCAGUAAUUAUCUGCUAAUUCUACAGGACGUAAAGUUGGAACCCUGAUCUCUAUUUGUACUUAUAUAGAAAUGCCAAUGGGUUGGUGCUCGAAAACAUCGUGUAUUAGAAAACAAAAGGCAUCCUGUUUUCGAGCUGUCUCAAAGCAUUACUUAAGUGCCAAAUUUCCACAUGAGAAUCUUUUAUCAUUUUACACUUGGCCAAGACCUAUGCUUGUCACCCAGGCCCCUUCCGCACAUGCAAAAUAAUACGUUUUCAAAUCACUUUCACAACUGUUUGCAAGUGGAUUUUGCUAUUCCGCACAGCUUCAAAGAGCACUGAAAGCAGUUUGAAAGUGCAUUAUUCUGCAUGUGCGGAAUGAGCCCCAGAUUUCUUUUUCUAGCAAAGAAAGAGUUGUCUGAUGAAACAGUUCCUUACUAUGUGUAACGGCUACACUUCCCAUUUUGCUAGGGACAUCUUCCUAGAUUUGGUUCUCUUGGACUGGCCAAGGUUACAUGCAGGUUUUCUGCAUUCGGUUAGUAGACUGAGCAGGCUGUUCAGCCAGUUUUUCGAUAUGAUGUUGCAAGAGAUUGCUAGCAACUGUUUGGUUCUUUCCCCCAUUCGAGAGGCCAAACCCUCCAUGAGUCUGUGUCUACAGGAACUGUGGAGUAUUGUUAGAUUCUUCGACAGUUCUGGAUAGUAGCACUCCCCCUGCCGCCCCCGUGUGGAAUGAAUCGGCUUCUUUGUGUAAGCUUCUAUAAAACAGUUAAACUUACUGCAAUUUCUGUUCUAUCCCAUUUCUUGUACCAACCUCUUUUUUCUCUUAUUACAGUAAAGGAAAAGCUUAUCUCAAGUCCUGUAGAUAUGGAGUUAGAUGAAGACAUUGCUUCCUAAUAAUGACGGGAUACCAUUAUGAAAUUGUGGUUGGGGCGUGUUACAAACUUGCAAGGUUAGGUUUGGGUGAAAGAGCACCUGUCCAUAAUCCAGUUUGAAAGAUGAUGCAAAUGUUGUAUAUUUAGUAGGAGCAAAAAGCAAUUGCUCUUGCCACGCAAAAGGGUACCAAUGAUACAGGCAGAAAUGUUGGGUCACAUCUUUGCCACUGGUCCUUGAAUAACCCAUAUUGUUGAGAACUGAAGUUUGGUUUGCAGAGCUUUCUUACCCCUGGGCAAGUUCUCAGUCAAGACUGGAGCUUUAACUUGACUCUUGUGGAACUAUGAAUUUCAAAGUGAAUCACCUCCAUAAUCCAGUGCAGAGAGUCUUUUUGUGACUAAACUAAUGCUCUCGAUCCCAUUCCCCUAAGUGUUCUCUAGCAUUUCAUACCUGUGUGGUAAGAAUCUAGUUCAGAGGGGAGGAUUUUCCGCAAAUCGCUUUAACUGAUGAACUGGCUGUCUUUUACAAGUUGCCACAGUUUGAGGGUGGGGCUGAUAAUGCGGCAACCAGUAUUUCGAGGAAGAAAAGUCUCUUUAUUUUAACUUAGGCUUUUUGGUUUAUUAAACACUUGGCAUCUGGGCUCGCAACAUCUUACCUUCUGUAUAUGAUGUGAGUGAAGUGAAUUUGCUCCUCUCCUGUUUGCGUACGUUUUGAGCAUAGCCGUGGCUGAAACCAGACGUUGGGUUUGGCAGGAGUUGUUUUAGCUAGAUGGGAGUGACAUCUGAGAGUGGCCAUGCCCGAGUGCUUUGAGGCCCGAUUUUUCUCCGCUAGAAGAAAAAGUAGUACUUCGGCCUUCCAGAGCUGAAUGGGCUGUGAAGAGCAGCUUCGUAUCAGGGGCAAAUAAGCUGCUUUGGUUUGGGAAAUGGCGUGGGAAAGCUGAUAUACCUUCUCCAGGAGCGCCACAUAUCCAAGCCAACUUGGGCCCAGAGCACUUGGGAACAUGCGUUCCCUGAUACCAUAACUAUAAAAACAACAAUCAGGUCAAGAGGAACCCCAACAGGGGCCAGAUGUAACAUCUAGUUGGAACCUGACGAUAAUCAUGAAUAUAAUGUUUUGUUAAAUAGAUUAAUUUAAUAAAGACUUUAUGCCAAA